AUGGGGACCCUCCCCGCCGACCUCCGGACAGGGCAGAGCCCCGCUGCCUGGGGGCCGCCGGCCCGGGCCCCCUCCUCCACGGGAGACCCUUCUACGGGGCUGCAGGCAUCGAGAAAGGCUGCAAGGCCGAGUGCCACGCAAUGCCCGCUGCCUGCCGCCCCUCGGCCAAAGCCCCACUGCUGGCAUCCCCCCCCCCUGGGCAGCCCCCUGCUGCCAGAGCCCCCUCCUCUGGCUAGGAGCAAGAGCAAGAAGCGGAGGAACAGGACGACCUUCAGCACCUUUCAGCUGGAGGAGCUGGAAAAGGUCUUCCAGAAGACUCAUUACCCCGACGUGUUUGCCCGCGAGCAGCUGGCGCUGCGCACAGAGCUGACCGAGGCCAGGGUGCAGGUCUGGUUCCAGAACCGAAGGGCCAAGUGGAGGAAACGGGAGCGCUAUGGGAAAAUCCAGGGGGUGAGAACCCCCCCCCCCCCGUUGCACCCCCCAUCACCGCGCUCCACCCCACGCCCUGCACUGCAGAACAACCUGUGGCCGAGCUCUGGCAGCCCUGCAGGGCCCUGCCUCAUGCCCCCCGACAGCGUGCCAUCGCCGUGCGUGUCUCCGUAUCCCCACACUCACAGCAACAUCACCAGCUUCGUGGGCAUCCCUGCUUCUCCCGGCCACCCCCCCGGCAUCAACAGCCUCUACUCCCUGCACGGCCUCACCCCCCCGAGCCUCAGUGCCCCCCAGUUUGAGUCGCAACCAUCAGAGAAUGACUACAAACCUCCCACCCUGGUGACGCUGCGGAUGAAAGCCAAGGAGCCGGGCAGCCUGCUGGGCUGGGCCACGUAA